CUUGACCCCAGUCCAACUUGAAGAACUGCGGUCCACAUGUUCGCUGAUACAAAUGGCGCCACCCUCAUGGCUGCACACAACGCAUAAGCGAAGUCUUGGCAUUCGGAAUGACGUUAACCUGAUAGGCCAAAUGCACGGGCGCAAGCGUUCGAAUACGGGAACGUUGUUGCCUUCGCUGCAAUGAAGUGGCGCAGGUGGUCAGCCUACCGGUGAGAAUGCAGAAAGGCGUAUUCGAAUUGCACUCUGGAACUACAAAUCGGGAAGUCGCACCCUCAUAAAUGCAUCCACCGUGAGCCUUGCUACUUCCCAACUUUUAGUCCCCCUUGUUAGAACACGUCUCCGCUUAUGGAGAACACCACGACGUCAAGCUCUGCACGUGACGUGAAAAGUAAUCUGAAACGACGAAAACAACUUGAUGUUCUAGCUUACUGCUUGCCUGUCGAACCGAAUCAGGCUCCCGCUCCGACUUCUGUCCCGGAAAUCAGGAUCUGUGACCAAUAUGGAGACCUCUCGCUAGACUCAACCAUUCUACCUCUCGCACGAGCUCUAAUUUUACUUGACGAUGAAAUGAUCAAGCGAGUUCAAAGAUUCUACCAAAAGCGCAAUCUAUCUGUGGACGAAGCACGCAGAACCAAAAUGGUUCCUUUGGUAAACGAUUGCAUUGAAAUAAAACGGCAAUGGAAAGAGAUCAACUCAGGAAAAUGCGAAUUCACUCAUUUAUAUAUGAGGAGGAAAUGGCUCAUCCCUAUCUGGGCAGAAAGCCUGAGGAUCAUCAAGGAGGCUCUUGCAGGCAACCAAACGUCCAACCGGUCUCAGAAGCAAACCCAUUAUGAGCAAAUUUUACACAGAUGUGAUACGUUGGCGAACGACGUAAAGGAUCACAUGCUUGAUAUUGCUCGUGAGGGACUUUUAGACCCAGAGGUCCUCAGUUCGAUCCAGGGGCGCUGGCUCCGAUUGGAUGGGAUUCUGAAUUGGUAUUAUGACUUGCACAAACGAGAGGCCGAUGAGCCUGAACAACGAUGGCUCAGGAUUUCGCCUACAUGGCGAGAAAUGCAAAGCUUGAUUCAGCACCAUGAAGCGAUGACAAAGGGUGAGAAGGAGCAAAUCCAGACUCAACCUGCUGGUAAUGCCAGAGAUGGAAGCAAGCCUGCUGCAGCUGUUUCGCUCGUUGAGAACCAACGCUUCAGUGCAUUCAUCCUAUGGUCGUCAUUCUUUACCUGUGCUGCCAUUUCCACCGCGUCGUUUGCUAUAGGCUACGGCCGCUCACUCCAUCUCCCGGGGAAUGCAGAUGACCCAGACUUCUGGUUCCUUAUACAAGCAUCAUGCGUACAGGUUUUAGGGCUGACAGUCUCUGCUCUUAUCGAACGGAGGCGUGGUAGUCUUUCAAGCUGGCGCUGGUGCCUCCCAACUGCGAUUGCAGGAGCUUGUGCCAUAGGGUCGAUCCCUCUUUAUGUGUUUGUUCCGAAGGAGUGGAGCACUUUUCUUUCCACAAUUACUGGAGCUACUCAGACUUUUAUGGCAUUACAGUACUUUCUACUUUGAGUGUAUAUCCUGUAUUUGUAGAUAUAGGAUAGAAGGGUAUUUUUAAGAUAUAUAGGCAAGUCUAGAGUGGGAC